AUAAAGAGUUAAGAGCUUGAGCUAGUCAGCGCUGUCAGUUCCGUCUGGCCUAGCCGUCGAUUAGAAGGUGUGCUGUUCGGGCAGACGUCGGGCUAGCGAUGGAGUUGUCUUGGCUAAGAAUAUCAGGUGUGCUCUGCGUGUUUGGAUUUUUGCGCGAACUGCGUCCCUCGGAGCCCUACCAUGCCGAAAUACUGCUGGGCGAGUGGUACAAUGUGACACAGGAUCAGGUGAAUCGGGCUGUCUAUCCCAUUGGCACCUACUCAUAUCUGGCUUUAUUGAUUGUUGUUUUUCUGAUCACCGAUUUUCUCAGAUACAAGCCAAUGAUUAUUGCGAACGCAUUAACUGGAAUUAUUGUUUGGAGUGUUUUGAUAUGGACGACAACGUUGUUGGGCUUGCAAAUUGUCGAGGUGUUUUAUGGCUUUUAUCAGGCCACCGAAGUGGCAUACUAUUCGUAUAUAUAUGCCAAGGUCGAGAAAAAGUAUUACCCCCGUGUUACCUCACACACCAGAGCGGCCAUGUUUGUGGGCAAGCUGGUGGCCGGCUUGUCCGCCCAGUUGCUUAUCAGCUUUGAUUGGAUGAACUAUAUGCAGUUGAUGUACAUAUCUGUUGGCUCGCAAGUAUUGGCCCUUCUCUGGGCCAUUGGAUUGCCCAGAGUUGAGAAGAGUUUGUAUUUCCAUCGGAAAGUCAGUGCCAGUGUCGCCGCGAAUACACCUGUUGCACCUGUUGACAAUAUUGAGCCUAAGGAUGCAAAGGACGCAGCUGCAUUGUCAGUUGCCAAAAUGGAUCGUGCUCAGCCGAUUCAGCUGCUGUGGACGCACUUUCACAGCGCCUACACAAAUCCAAUGGUUCUACAGUGGAGCUUAUGGUAUGCCAUUAGUCUGGCCGGCUAUCUGCAAGUCACAACCUACAUGCAAGUCGUAUGGAAAUCGUUUGAAAACGAGCCCACGAUUGUAUGGAAUGGGGGCGUGGAUGCCGCCUUAACAGCACUUGCUGCUCUCUUCUCUCUAAUGGCAGGCUAUUUGCAUGCUGGUCGUUUAAAAACGCGCUCCAGUCUGUUAUUGUUGGCUGUGCUCUCGGUUCUUGAGGGUGGCUGCAUAUUAUUGGCAUCCUGGACAACCAAUAUAUAUCUAUCAUAUCUGGGCUAUGUAUUAUUUGGGGCGUUAUUCGGUUUUACCAUUACGGUGGCCAGCGCCGAACUGGCCCGAAGUCUGGUGGAGGAUAGUUUCGCCUUGAUCUUUGGAAUUAACACACUUAUUGCCCUCAUCUUACAAACUUCCCUCACUCUCGUAGUCGUCUCCGAGAGUGGAGGUCUUAAUUUGACCACAUUUGAGCAGUUUACCGCCUACGCGUUUUAUUAUAUUGUGAUAGGCACUGUGUAUUUUAUAGCCAUCAUCGUUCAAUAUGCUUUGACAUGCAAAACUUAAUAUAUGGGCAAAAUUGAGAAGUCCCAAUUACAAUAUUUUAUGGUUAGUGGAGUUGUGUGUUCUUGGUCGUAUCUUAAAAAAUAAUUUUUAUGUAAAUACUUACGAUACCAUAAGAAAAUAUUGUUACAUGUCAAACAAUAAUAUAUAUACAAUUCUGUGUUCAAGAAGUGUA